GGUUCGCCUUCUUAUCAAAAUUCAGCACCUCCCGUCUCUCGCAAACAACAGGAGUUCGUGAGACCUCUGCCCGGAGUGACUGGACUGUACCACGACCACGACCUUGGAUUUCGGCCUCGACGUCAUGCAGUGUGUUUCCAGGAGUGUACUCGUAUCUUCAUAGACACAACUCUUUUCUCCUUCUUGCCAGAUGCGUUCAAGCACGCCGACACGAUGGAUGCCAUCGAUAUUGCUGUUCGCAUUCCUGCUCGUGUCUUCAGCAACUGCAAACUCAGAAUCGAUCACAAACGGAGAAUACGAAAAGGAGCCGCGUCAUGAUACGAAAGCGGCUGGUAUUGGCGAAGGUCUAGCGGCUGCUAGCGACUUGAAGGGAAGGACCUCGACGAUAACUGAGAUUUCGACAAAGGUUGUGGCAGCAGAAAUACCGACCGAAACACGCUCGAUAAAUCACCAAUAUCACAGGCAUGGAACUGGACCGGAGCUACUAAGAGCCCGAGGAGUCACGACAAACAUUUCCACUGCCACGACGACAAAUGCGGCGGCUCUGGCUUGCUACAAGACAUAUUCAAAAUGGCGUCAAGGCUCGAUAAGUUGGUACUCAACAGCAAUUUCUGGAAGAUCAACAUCUUUGAAAACAACCACCAGUACUAUCACACAAGUGCUGCAAACAGUCAAUACCAUCUAUCCUUCCAAGAGCCUCUCUACAUAUAAGCUCUGCGAUGGCUCCCCGCGUGUAGACUUUGAGCCUCUGACUCUGACUUCCACAUAUACUUCGUUCUCACCAUAUGAGGCGUAUGUUACCGUGGGGCUUCCUGUCUACUCGGUGCCGCAUCCGCGGAAAGCCACCUCGGAUGAGUGUUUAUACCUCUAUUAUGGCAGCGGAAUAUCAUGGGAUGAUGUCACAUUGAUGGCCCUCUGUGGCAGUCCUGCUCAUCUUGGUCAGCCAUGUCUGAUCAUGGGAGGUCCUGUAGAGCUUGCUUACUUCCCCGUGACUACGGCUGGUAGCAACAAAUGCCAUGCAAACGGAUCUACCAUCACCAACACAGGUGGCCCCACGGUCAUCGAAGCACUGGGAACUACACUUACUUCUGGAAAUGUCUAUCUGUCUUUCAAGACACUAUAUGCGUUCCAAGAUGGAUUUGACAACCGCAUCGGCCCAACAUACACUGACUUCAUCAUGCCGUUCCCUUCGAGCGCCAUAUCGACGCAAUGUGGUGGAUGGCAGUCUGCUCAAGGGCCAGGAACACCCCUGAAUUAUGCCGACUUGAAUUUCCCUUGGCCAGCAAGCGCUUACAACUGCAUGAAUCGCUGCAGCACCGAUGUAUCAACGACAUAUAUCAAUGGGACAGAUGCACCAUACAAACCCCCUUCGCAAUGCUCAACUAUCUGGUCGGAUCUGAAUCCUAUCCUCGCAAUGCCAACGGAAGUCCGCGACAUGGUGCCAGAAUGGUCCUCUUGCAGUAUGUGGGACGAAGCCCUUCCGAAUUUCGUCUUCGAUCCACCGCGCGCCUUGGUGGCAGGCACAGCAGUCGCAACACCAACGGUACCUUGGAAAGGCCCAGCUACAACCGCCACUGCAUCUCCAGCAGAAACCUCAUACACCGCUUUACCAGAAACCAUGGCUACGACAUCCGCAACAACACCUACUUCAACCUCUUCCGCCUCUACUAUUCCUUCUCCCUCAUCAAGUUCAGCAAGUACUUGGAUCCCCUCCGCCGCACCACGACCAUCGAGAGGAAUAGGACACACAGCCAUCAAUAUCGAAUUCAAUAUCGAUGGCCACACUUUCACCGCUUCUGCAGGCGACAACGCAUUUUCCAUCUCCGGCCAAACUAUUUCUGUCGGUGGACCUGCUCAAGUUGUCGAAGGCGAGACUAUCAGUUUGGCACUGGGCGGGUUUGUGGUCAAUGCUACGACGACUAUUCCUUUUACUUCGACACAUUCGGCGGUUACCACAAGUGCUGGGACGCAAGCAUCGGGGACGCAGGUUUCGAUGCAGCAAUCGACGACGGCGGGGAAGAAAACUAGUUCGUCUGCUGGGUCGAGGAUAGCUAUUUCUUGGGCGGGCAUUGCGCUGGGGUCUUUGGUGGCGAUGGUUUAUUUGUGAUGUUUCCAGCAAU